UACAGAAAUAUUUUGCCUUGAAGAUUCCAUUUUAAGCUUCAGAUGCAGUGUUCUGAGACUCAGUGAACCGAUGCCCUCUCGUGACAAUGUUGAAUAUUCCCCAUUUAAUGAGUCAUUCAUUCAGCAGAUAGUGGUUAAGUACCCCUGUGUACCAGCAAGCAUCCAUGGCCAAGACAGACAUGAGCAGAGCUCUUGUACACUUGAACACUGGGAGAUGCGCAUAGUCCAUGUAGAUUGGCCCCACCUGGUCAGCGCCACCUCUUCCUUUUGGCAGUUGCCCUUAUUUGCAUCUUGCUCAGAGGUCACUUGGGCAUUUCUUAAGGCUAGAGCCCAGCCUUGCAAAGCUGUUAAAGCAACAGGUUCUGUGCCAAGGUGUGUUAAUAUUGUCCAUGCUGGAUUUUGUUAGCGUGUGGCCACUUUUAAAAUGCUGCCUGGUAGAAAGACUGCAAAUAGCCAUGACCACCUUGCUGAAUUGGAUGUGAUUUUUACCUCCCCCUAACUUCAUAUGUAUCCAUCUGUAUCAUUAACUGUGAGAAAAUAACCAAAGCAUUACUUAGUCUCCACAACUCUAAAUAUAUCCAUGUAUUAAAGUGAUCUUGUCUAUGUUCUGAAUGUGAUGCUUUCAUUUAUGCCUAAAUUGUGAUGAAUAUGUAUUAUUUCAAUGAAGUCUGUGCUUUCCCUAGAAAAUGCUGAUUCAAUCCAACUUUACUAAUUUGAUUGCAUUCAAAUCCAUGCUACUUCAAACUGUCUUAAUUUGAAGAAAGCAGAAUUCUUACAGGAGAAAACAGAGUGAAUUAAAUUGUCUCAUUCUUUUAUCAUUCUGCUUGGCUGCCCCUAAGUUAUCUUUAAAGAAUGAGAUCUGUGAAAAUUUGAGUUCUCUUGCAUAAUUUGCUAAACAUUAAAGGGGUUUUUUUUUUUUUUUAGAUGCUAGUUGAGGUGCUGUGGACUGAACCUUCCUGGAAUGCGUGUGACGUCCUCUGAGUUCCACUUUGUGUUUAGCUCCCGUUUGCCAUUCUUGUUGGAGUCUUUGCAUCCUGCCUGUGCUCACUUAGUUCUUUCCCUCUGUGAGCUAGCAGAGGCUGAGUGGCACUCGUUCACAGAGGUGCACAUUAGGGAUGCUCAGUGGGUCAAGUCUGUACAACUUUCCCACGUGGGAAACACUUGGAGUCCCUAGCGUUUCAGAUGAGGGAAACAGCCUGUAUGCAAAGACGCCUGUGAAGUAGUGCUCCUUGUUCUCAGCUGUAACACUGAAAUCUCAAUGUCAAAUAUGUUGGAAACGAUAAGUGAACUCAGUUGUUAUUAAAUGUUGUCUUUCUUGGCAGAGUUUCCAGUAUGGCUUCUGCAUCAGCUCCUAAAUGUAAUUCACACACCUCAGACAAUGAACCUCUUCAGAGUAUGUCUCAAGAUGGAGUCAAUUGUGAUCCCAGUGAGGCUGUUCCUCGACUUCCAGGAGAAACACUGAUUACUGACAAAGAAGUUAUUUACAUAUGUCCUUUCAAUGGCCCCAUUAAGGGAAGAGUUUACAUCACAAAUUAUCGUCUUUAUUUGAGAAGUUUGGAAACGGAUUCCACUCUAAUAUUUGAUGUGCCUCUUGGUGUCAUAUCAAGAAUUGAAAAAAUGGGAGGAGCAACAAGUAGAGGAGAAAACUCCUAUGGUCUAGAUAUUACUUGUAAAGACAUGAGAAACCUGAGAUUCGCCUUGAAACAGGAAGGUCACAGCAGACGAGAUAUGUUUGAAAUCCUCACGAAAUAUGCCUUUCCUCUGGCCCACAGCCUGCCACUCUUUGCAUUCUUAAAUGAAGAAAAGUUUAAUGUCGAUGGAUGGAUGGUUUAUAAUCCAGUGGAGGAAUACCGAAGGCAGGGUUUGCCUAAUCACCAAUGGAGAAUAACUUUCAUCAACAAGUGCUAUGAACUCUGUGAGACUUACCCUGCCCUGUUGGUGGUUCCAUACCGGGCCUCAGAUGAUGACCUCAGGAGAGUCGCAGCUUUUCGAUCCCGAAACCGAAUCCCAGUGCUCUCCUGGAUUCAUCCUGAAAACAAAAUGGUCAUCGUGCGCUGCAGCCAGCCUCUUGUUGGUAUGAGUGGUAAACGGAAUAAGGAUGAUGAGAAGUAUCUCGACGUCAUCAGGGAAACUAACAGACAGAUUUCUAAGCUCACAAUUUAUGAUGCAAGACCUAGUGUAAAUGCUGUGGCCAACAAGGCAACAGGAGGAGGAUAUGAAAGUGAUGAUGCAUAUCAUAAUGCUGAACUUUUCUUCUUGGACAUUCACAAUAUUCAUGUUAUGCGGGAAUCUUUAAAAAAGGUCAAAGACAUUGUUUAUCCUAAUGUAGAAGAAUCUCAUUGGUUGUCAAGUUUGGAGUCUACUCAUUGGCUUGAACAUAUCAAGCUUGUUUUAACGGGAGCCAUUCAAGUGGCGGACAAAGUUUCUUCAGGGAAAAGCUCGGUGCUUGUGCACUGCAGUGACGGCUGGGACAGGACAGCUCAGUUGACGUCGCUGGCCAUGCUGAUGUUGGACAGCUUCUACAGAAGCAUCGAAGGCUUUGAAAUAUUGGUACAAAAGGAGUGGAUCAGUUUCGGACAUAAGUUUGCAUCUCGUAUAGGUCAUGGUGAUAAAAAUCAUGCAGAUGCUGACCGAUCUCCAAUUUUUCUCCAGUUUGUUGAUUGUGUGUGGCAGAUGUCAAAGCAGUUCCCUACAGCUUUUGAAUUCAAUGAGCGAUUCUUAAUUACAAUUCUGGAUCACCUGUAUAGCUGCCGCUUUGGUACUUUCUUACUCAACUGUGAAUCUGCUCGGGAAAAACAGAAAGUUGCAGAAAGAACUGUUUCUUUAUGGUCACUGAUAAAUAGCAAUAAAGAAAAGUUCAAAAACCCUUUCUAUACUAAAGAAUUCAAUCGAGUUUUAUAUCCAGUUGCCAGUAUGCGUCACUUGGAACUCUGGGUGAAUUAUUACAUUAGAUGGAACCCCAGAAUCAAGCAACAGCCCAAUCCAGUGGAGCAGCGGUACAUGGAGCUCCUGGCUCUGCGCGACGACUACAUCAAGCGGCUGGAAGAACUGCAGCUCGCCAACUCUUCCAAGGUUCCCAGUGCCUCCACCUCACCCUCCAGCCCUUCACAAAUGGUGCCUCAUCUACAGACUCACUUCUGACAGCUCCUAAUAAAGGACUUUGAGUCUGGGCGUCUGUACAAAGUAGGUUCAAAUGUUUGCCUCUGUGUAGAACUUGAACUAACAUAAUCUUAAACUCUGGAACAUGUGCCUUCUAGAAUACAUGCAAGAACAUCACAGUGUCCACAGAGCCAUCAGAAAAAAAGGAGCCGAGGUGAGGUUUUAGGAAAACCUGACACCUUUGAAAAGCAAAUUUUCAAAGAUAAAAUUUUAAUUCAGUUGACUUCUAUGGAAGUACUGUGUGUGCAAUAUGUAUUUUGUGGGCUUAAUUGAAACAUUAUUUUAAAUUAAAGGAGGAAAAUAUGUUUGUGGAAUGAAUUUUCCUCGGGCCACUUAAAAUACUGCUUUCAACGAUCUGAAAUGAAUUCAUGUGUGAAAGAUGUGUAUUACUGCCAAAACCAAAUUGAGCUCAGCGUUAUCCAAAAGCAAGACGUUUAGAGAAUUGCCAACUACCAUGCCGUCAGAAGUAGCGGCGUACAGAGAGCUGGCUGCGUAGGUGAGUUUUUCCUUAUUUUGAAAUGUGGGCAUAUCACUCUGCCCCGUGAUUUUCAAGAGGAGCAUAUUUUUAUAUUGAAAACCAGUGAGACCCAGUUAAGUAUGAUUUGAUUUGUUCGGAAACUCUGCCAGCUGUUUCUCUACCUUCUUUCGUGGGCGUGCCUGAGAGUCGGCAUGGCCUUUGGGUUGCAGCAAAGCCCACGGGUGACUUGCUAAGGAUGUCAGGUGUGUGUUGGCACACAGGACGCAAGCUUCUGCAGCACCAUCCAGACCCGUGCUGGAGCGGCCGCCUUUGCCAUCCAUGCCCCACACGGAUGUACAGUCGCGUGGUGUUCCUGAAUCCCAGUUUAAGUGGCAUUGGGUUCCCCUUCCCCUGAGUGUGCAUACAAACUGGUUCUAUAAAUUUUUACUUGAAGUACCUGGCAGUUUGCUUUUUUUCAGGUUUUGUUUGUAGUAUUAAGCGAAAUUUUAAAUGCACAGUUCAAUUUGAUAUUUGAGCUAAUUCAUUUAGUAAGUAUAUUUGUAAAAGCUAAUGCUAGAGUUAAAAAAUGUGUUUUACAAUGAUUUGUAAAGAACUAUUUAUAGCUAAUAUGGCUUUGUUGUCAAUGGAUUAAGAGAGAUUAAAUAUAUCUUUGUAAAUUAUUUUAUGUCAUAGCUUAAUUGGUCUACCAAAUAAGACAUCUCAAAUACAGUAGUAUAAUGUAUGAAUUUUGUAAGUAUAAGAAAUUUUAUUAGACUUUCUCUUGAUUUUUGUAAACGCUGUAAAUAUUUCAUAAAUUAACAAGGUGUCACUCCGUGGAAAGAGAAAAAGAUAAUACUAAUAGCUGAAAGGAUUUUGUGAAAUAUCAUGGAAACUUUUCCAUGACGAAAAUGCCUAAAGACCUGCUGUAAUAAAUAUAUUAACUAAAACCUA